AUGAACGACCUCAAAUCCCAGCUUUCGCGGCUAGACCUAUCGCACUAUCAUGAUACCUUUGUUGACGAGGGCUUCGACACAUGGGAAACACUCAUGGACAUAACAGAAGCUGAUUUAGAGGUUCUCGGAGUGAAGCUUGGCCAUCGGAGGAAACUCCAGAGAGCGAUAUUCAAUGCGUCCAAGGACAGGACACCUUUGCCUUCGCCAUUCCGGUCCACACACGUUGACGAGUCUGCUGGCCAAGACGACUCGAAGAAAGGCCGGGAUUCACAAAGCCAUCAAGAUGGUCACCAGAACCAGCACAAUGCAGGCCAGACCAACGGCGCACCCCAAAGGUCGAAACGAAAGUACAGACGGCACCCCAAACCUGACGAACACGCACCAGAACGACCGCCAUCUGCAUAUGUCAUCUUCUCCAACCAAAUACGCGAUCAACUCAGAGGCAAGGACCUUAGCUUUACUGAAAUUGCGAAACUGGUAGGUGAGCGCUGGCAAGAGCUACAAGCGCACGAAAAGGAGCCUUGCGAACGCGAAGCACAGACUCUCAAGGACAAGUAUUACUCGGAGCUCCGCAAAUACAAGAAGACGCCCCAAUACAAGGAGUACCAGGAGUAUCUAAUAGACUUUAAAGCAAAACACUCGGAAUCAAACCAUCAAGAGAACUUCAAGAAGCCCAAAUUACAAAAAGGAGGUAGCCAGAAUCGCAGCUGGGACGAGUCGGUCGCCGACGGAGACGAGAGAGGUGAUGGUGCCGAUGGUGUCGACGAUGUCGAUGGCAAUGAUGGCGUCGAGGGCGAAGACGGCACACACGAUCGAAGUGGCUCGCCGCCUAUCAAGGCUCUACCUUCACCAACCAACGCCUCGCCCAAUGUCGAUUCUUUCCGCCUCUUUCCUCUCCCCAAGAAUGCACCUCCUUCGGAUGAGGGCACCGUGUCUUCCUACUCCGCCUGGCGAUCGUCUACCCAGCCCAGUCUUCCUCUGGCCAUCCACAGACAGAUGACCAACACCACAGCCACUACUCAAUCCGACGAUGGCUCCCAAUCGCCCUCCAGCUCUCGCCUCUCCUAUCCCGCUACUCGCAGUAGCGGUCCACCCAAACCCUCCACCACCACGCUGCCCCCGCUCAGCCAUCUCGAUUCGAUGAGCUCACGCAAAUCUUCCGACGCUACGCCUCUCCUCAACUGGCCUCUGCAUACCACUCUACCUCCCAUCGACCCAAGAGGCAUCGGCCAGCACUCGGCCCAAGCCACUCAGUAUUCAUCUCCGACCUCCCGACGUACGCCCCAUCCGCCUCACCCGCUACAUCCCCCGCCAUUAUUGCCCCUCAAGGACUCUCAAGACCUGGACCUCCAGAACAAGGCCUCACUCUCGACACUCUUACGUGCCACCGAACACGUCGAACGCGACGGAACGCGCUCGUCCAACUCGAGUCACCAAGGAAGCAGUCGAAGAACAUCAUAG